CAGUUUGUCUCCUGCGCAUCCUUAAUAUGUAUGGAAUUGUUGACGAGAUUUUGAGGGAAUCGGCAUAUGUCCAUGAUUUAAUCUGUAAAUAAUACAAUCAAGCAGCCAUAAUGGAAAAUCAUAUAAAACCAUUAACAGAUCACGCUGUGGAUUCUCAAUUUAUGGGCAUAUUAGCUGCUGUAGUUGUGAUUAUCAUAACCAUAGUGUUACUUGCCAUAUGGCACAGAAAAAAGUCCAUAGGAAACAGUAUAUUGCUGACUGGUCUCAGCGAUGCUGGUAAAACAUUGAUAUAUGCACAUUUACUUUGUUCCAAAUUUGUUAAAACGCACACAUCUGUGAAAGAGAACACAGGAGAUAUCACGAUUAACAAUCGCACAUUCAAAAUUGUUGAUAUACCUGGACACGAGCGCUUGCGUUACAAAUUUUUUGAUCGAUUUAAGUUAUCUACGAAAGGACUUGUCUAUGUAAUUGAUUCUGUAACUUUCCAGACAGACAUUCGUGAUGUAGCAGAGUUUUUGUAUAACUUACUGUCCGACUCUGCUAUACAAAAGAAACCUGUACUUAUAUUGUGUAACAAACAAGAUCAAACAAUGGCAAAAGGUUCUGUCGUUAUAAAAAUUUUACUUGAGAAAGAAAUAAAUUUGUUACGUAUGACAAAGACUAGUCAGCUUGAAGCCACGGAUGCAUCAUCCACAAAUGUCUUCCUUGGUAAACAAGGAAAAAAUUUUGAAUUUUCUCAUUUAGACAGAAAUAUUAAAUUUGCAGAAUGUAGUGCAUUUAACAAAGUUUCUGAGACUUCUGCGGACAUCAAAGAGUUAGACAAUUGGUUAAAGAAAAUUGUAUAAAAAUGUAUACUCAUUAUUUUUCCAAAUAAAUUAUUUGUUUCUAA